GAUUGUCAGAGGAUAAAUAAGCAUUAUUUUUCCAUAAAUAUAGAAAAGGCAAUUUUUAUUCUAAAUUCCAAUAAAUUGACCAGAUUCUGGGGCUGUGGAACUUCCCGAGGGUUACAGAGAAUCACACAAUAAAGUAAAAUUGUGCAAAGUAAUAAUGCCUGGUGAAGAAACAAAGGCAGCAGAGGGAACAUCACCUAACCCUGGUAAGAAACUCGUCCAGACGCGGUUACCCUUUAAGAUUCUCAGUCCUGGGGUGGGCAAUAAGGCUGAGGGGACUCCCAAGAGGAAGCUCUCAUCUCCGGCAUUGGAUGAUCGUGCCAUUAAGGUGCUCAAAACCAACGAGGAGAAUGAUUCUGAACAAAUGGAUGACACCUCUGAAUUCUCCAAUCCGGAUGCAAUUAUUGUAAUUCACGAUGAGGAUUCCCUCGAGAAGGAUGCUCGGAACAAUGACAUCACUUCUUCCAAAGAUGACACGGAGAAAUCUCCCAAAGCUGGAGAAGAGAAGGAAGAUGAGAAUGAUGACAAAGGGAUCCGGAUUAAAUUUCCUUUCAUUAAGAAGGCAAAAGGGGAAGCGAAGCAGGAAGAGCCGAAGAAAUCCAAGGAAAAGGAUGCUGUGAAGGGGAAAAGGAAAAGAUCCCGAAAGGAAGAGAAGGUUGAAGAUUCAGGAGCCAAGAAUGUGGAAGUAGAUGACAAAGAGAAGCUGCCGGAAGAAGCUUCCAAGGUUGAAUGUAAAGAAGAAUCCACCAGCAAUGGAGAUUCUACGGAAAGUCCCGUGAAAACUUUAGACUAUCAAUCACCUGAGAAGCCACAGGAGGAGAUUGUGGAAGAACCAGCAGCAGAGGUGGUUGAAGUAUCCACAGAUGAUGACAAGGAUUCCGGAAAGGAUGACUCUGAAGAGGAUCUGGAAGAGCAAAAGAGCCAAGAUGAAAUAAACAUGAUUUGCGAAGAAAAAUUGAGUAGAUCUUCAGAUGGGGACAAUCAAUCAUCCGCCGUGGAGACACCGCCACGAAAGAAAGCCAAGGAAUGCAGCACCCCAUUAAAUUCCAAGGAUCCCGAGAAGAAGCUCACCCCGAGGCAAUUGGAGAAGAAGCAGGAGAUGGAGAAACGCCGGGAAGAGAGAUUAGCUGAGAAGUUGAAUCGCAAAAAGAAGCUGGAAGAAGAGAAGGAGCAAAAGCGCAAGGAGAAGGAGGAAAAGGAAGAGCAAAAGCGCAAGGAGAGGGAAGAAAAAGAGGAACAGAAGCGCAAGGAAAGGGAUGAGAAGGAGCGGAAGCGCUUGGCUGAGAUUGAGGCAAAAAAUGAAGAGAAGCGCCUGAAGGAGGAGGAGAGGCGUCAGAAGGAAGAGGAAAAGCGCCAGAAGGAAGAGGAGAAGCGUCAGAAGGAGGAAGAAAAGAAGAAGAAGGAAGACGAGAAAAAGGAAGCAGCCAAGAGAGCUUCGGAUCACUUCAAAAAAUUCUUCAUGCUUAAAUCGAAACCCUCAUCCGGGGUUUCAUCCAUUGAUAGCGACAAGGAGAACUCAUCGGAUGACAUGAAGUCUUCUGAACCGAGAUUUAUGCCCUUCUGCGUAAAGCCAGACAUGCGAUUAGCUCCAAAUACUCGGCGAAACUUGAAGGAAGAUCAGAAAUCUUACUUAGAUCGCGUGCUCAAUGAAACUCCUGUCCAGCAGGAAGAGGAAUUGUAUUUAAAGAAUCUCCGGGAACGUAAUCCAAUGAAGAGUGGAAGUACCUGGCCACAGGAGGAUGAUUCAGACAAUGAAAUCGUUUUAAUUGACAAUGAAGGUCAGAAGAUUGAGGAAAUUAAGCCAACGAUCAAGUAUCGCGUAAAGUUCCUGUCUUUCCAUGAGAAUCAACGUCCCCCCUACUAUGGCACGUGGCGGAAGAAGAGCUCCAAGCUAGGCCCAAGGAAUCCCUUUGGAAAGGACGAAAAACUCUUUGACUACGAAGUUGAUUCAGAUGAUGAGUGGGAGGAGGAAGAACCUGGAGAGUCCCUCCAUGGAAGUGAUGAUGAGAAGGAUAAGGAAUCUGAGGAUGAUUACGAGGUGGACAAUGACUUUUUCGUCCCUCACGGGCAUCUGAGUGACGAAGAGCUGCAGAAUGAGGAUGAAGUUGACGAAGAUAAUUCUCCGGAGAUGCAAAAGGCAAAGCUGAAGCUGCUGCAGCAGGAAUUUGCGGAUGAGAUGAAGAAGAAGACGGAAAAGCUAAAGCCACGACUGAUUGGAUGUAUUUGGCAGAGUGAGAGCGGAGAGAAGCCCGAUUCGUGCUCUGAGGUGAUCUGGAGACUCCUCUCAGUCAGCAAGAUGCUCUUCAGUGGACCAAUUGUAAUUAAGGAAAGUGAGAGUGCUGCAGGAUCACCCAGUAGAGAUGAAGUUGCUCCUGAGAGUGCCAAGAAGCGCAAGAAACUCCACGAGGAGGAUGUGAAGAAUUUCAUCCGGCUGGUCCAUGGGAAUUGCCACAAUGGUCGCUUCCUGGUGGAGGAAUUCCAGGCAACACGUGCCAAGAAUGCCGACACGCCCGAAGUCACGAAGAUGAGCCUCAAGCGGAAACUACGAGAGAUUGCAGAUUGGCGUGCUUGUCCAGAAGCUGGUGCUAUGCAGGGAAAAAUGUGCUGGUACGUGCCACCAGAUGUGCGUGAAAAGUACCAAUUGCAGGAUGUAACCCUGCCAAAUACGUGGAAGUACACCCUGACACCGAAAAGAGUAGAAGAACCGGCUGUUCAGCCACCUCCUCCACCUCCAAGCGACGUCAAGAAGAAUACCCUGCCAGAGCAGGAGAAGCCACCGGCAAAGAAGCGCGUGGCUCUGCUAAUGUCCGUUCCCCGUGGUCAACCAUUCUCACCCUCAACGAAGACUAAGCUCAUCAGUCAGUUCAUGAAGAAGACAAAUCCCGCGGAGAAGCCACCACCAAUUGAAAAGCAAAAUCCGGCCAAGGAAGCUGAUCCAGCACCUCCGGCAGAGAUCAUUGAAAUCGAUUAGAAAUAUUCCCAUUUUAUUACGUUUGUUGUAGAAUAUUUUUUCCAGCAUUGAGGAGAAAUUAAUCUUUCGCAUUUUAAUAAAUAAAUUAUGCAAUUAUACAGAAGAAAAA